AUGCGUUUCAGCCACGCGCCCUCCGCUUUCCAGCUCUGCCCAAACAUGUUGGAGAGCGAAGACUCGAGCUCCGCAGACGGGGAGCAGAUGACUGAAGAGCGCUCCCCGAGUUCAGGCCCCUCAAGCCCGCUGUCCGUGAACUCCGACUCCAGCUGCAACAGCCCCGAGGCCAGAUCCUCCUCUUCCUCUUCCUCUACACAGCAGCAGAGGGUCAGAAGGCCCUUAAACGCCUUCAUCAUCUGGACCAAAGAGGAGCGCAGGCGUUUGGCUCUACUCAACCCAGAUCUGGAGAACACAGACUUGAGCAAAAUACUCGGAAGGACUUGGAAGGCCAUGUCUCUAGCUGAGAAGCGUCCGUACAUGCAGGAGGCCGAGCGCCUGAGGGUCCAGCACACCAUCGACUUCCCAAACUACAAGUACAGGCCGCGCAGGAGGAAGCAGUUAAAGAAGAGCUCCAACCCUCGCUGUGCAGAAGCUCCGGCCGCUCACCCAUCGCUCUGCGGCACCUCGGGCUUCGGCGUUCCUUACAACCUCACCCACCUGCUCCAGAAUCAGCACCAGAACCAGCACCAGCACCAGCAGCACCCCUUCCCAAACACACCUGCUGCUUUCCCAAACUCUCCAGCUAACUUUGCCCCCAUGCACAGCAGCUACACAAACACUCCAGUCUUCCCAGAUGCAGCAGCAGCAGUAGAAGCUUUCUCUAAUAAGCCUGUGUUGUACUCAAACCCUCCUGCUUACCCUGCAGACCCUCAUCCUUAUUUCGGGGGUCAGCAGUACGGUUUCUCCACCUCUGCAGCUCCACACGUAGAUCAAGUGGAAUCAAGGUUUUUCAUGUGCUCUGCUGGACCCUCCUUGGAGUUUUACCUGGAGCAGGUUCAGCUGGACAUGCUGUACGAUCUGGACCGCAGCGAGUUCGAACAGUACUUGGGUCCGAACCCUCACAGCAGGCCCGAGUCGGUGGAUCCCAGCGGCUACCACAGAGAGGGCCGCUCGUUGUCAUAG